UGCACCGAACCCAGCUGCCGCAGGUUCUCCUUAACGACCUUUCCAGCGCUUGUGCCUUUCACAAUCCCUGCCCAUCUCCUUAUCCUGAAUAUUCUUUUCGUUUCCAGUGUUUUAGUGUACCUUCUCCCCCGGCGGGCUGCAAACCGUAACUUCCACCUCCUUAGCGUGAGGCAGCCAGCGUAGAAAUACAGCACAUGGGGCCUCAAGGGCUUGUGUUUAGCCUAAAGAUAAAUUCUGUGUGUUACCAGAGCUGCGCUAAAGGGAAAUUUCCUGCUGUGGAGACAUUUUGCCAUUGUCUAAGAUUCAGGAAAAAUGAGAAAUCUUUAUUUGGGGCCUUUAAAAAGGAACAGGUGGAGAAAAAGAUGAAAAAAAAUGUCUGUGACAAGUCCUGGGUUGCUGGGAGUGGUGAGGUUUCCUGCUGGUAAGAGCUGUAAUUUUUGUAAUGCAGAGGGUUCAUUUGGUGCUCUCCACACAGGACUCGUAUCCCUGUGCUGUGUUAGUUUAUGGUAUAAAUGAACUGUUAAACAGCACACCUCCAGUGUAAAGCCAGGUCUGAUAUCCUGUGAGAGGGGAGAAGGCCUCAGAAAACUCAGUUUGGAAUCAGGUUUGGAGGUGAGAGAUUUGUGCUUCUAAACAUUCUGCCUUCCCCACACGAUGUCCAAGGCUCCCCAAGGUGUGUUCCAGGAGGAGCUGGAGCGGUGCAUUUCGCAACUCGAGGCAGAUCUCCACCUCACCCCACAUCCCAAACUAGCAGAAGAGACCCAACACAUUUUCAAGGUCCUGCAGUCCCCUGAGACUCCUCUUGCAGAGAAGCAACAAGUGAUGAGCAAUGUGUUUGGGGAUUGUCAUCUCAAGAUGGAUGAGGAUCAGAAGAGCAUGGAGAAAGGCAUGAAGCCUGAUAUUGUGGAAGUACAGCCAAGCAAGGGGCAGGCUGCACAUCAUGUGAAACAGUCUGACCCAACUCCUGAGGCAAAGCCAGAGUUGUUCACAUCAUCUGGCAGUAGCUUCCAAUUUGAUUUUACACUUUCUGAGACUGACACAGAAGCUGACCCUGGUGACAGUGGUGCUGAGCAGGUACAAAACAAUGUCAGAGCCACCAAGCAGGAGAACUGGAAUGGAGCCUUGAGGUUUGCUGCCUCUGCCUCUGGACAAGAACCCAAGUUUGCUUUCAAGUUUGCCAUCCCAGAUGAAGACUGCCCUCAUCUUCAGUUACUUCCAGCGUGCCAGUAUACAGAGCACACAGCAGAUCCUGCACUGCGUGCUGCAUUAGCAGCUCUGCCACAGGCUGCAGCCUUGCAGAAACCUGAGGUGACUCAAGUGACAGAGAGUGCACCCAAAGAGGUUAGAAGCCAUGUCACUUCAAAGAUCCCCCAAACAGAGACAGCCCCUGCAGAUGAGGCAGUGACGGAGAAAUCAACAGGAGGUGGAGCUGCCCAGAAGAAGAAAAAGAAGAAACAAAACCCACCUGUCAGUAAAAACAAAACAGAAGAAACAGAGACCAGCAGGAAGGCAAAGGCAGAAACUAACAGCUGUCAAAAUAUAGAUAUCUCCCAUCAGGAUAAGAAGACCUCUCAGCAGUCAGAUGAGCAGCUGCGGAAAGAGGUGGACUGGUGUGUGAACCAGCUGGAACUCGGCUUGAAGACGCAGAAACCCACUCCAAGGCAGACUGAGGAAGCCCUCAGGGCAAUCAGGACACUGCGCAGUGACAAGGCUCCACUGGUAAAGAAGCGUCAGCUCAUGAGAGCCAUGUUUGGAGACUACAGGAAGAAGAUGCAGGAAGAGCUGUGCAGAGAGCUGAAGCUCAUGGAAACAGCUGCAAAAUCAGCCAGGAUUGUGGAGUUGAAGGGAAGCAUCCACAAGAAGAAUGGCCAGUUCAUCCGGAAGUGCUUGGGAGCUUGCAGGAAAAGCCAAGGUUCAGCAGAAUCCCCUUCAGAGUCACACAGCACAUUUAACACAGGCUUAUUCAAUUUCACAACUCCCCAAGAAUUUCGCUUUAAUUUCUUCUAGAAAAGUCACUUCGACUAAAACCAUGCCAGAUCUCCUGUAAACUGAAGAACGGUGUAAAGAUGUUGUGCAGUAGGAAAUGUCAUGCGUGAAUCUCUGGUCCUCUUCUAGGGUGCCUUAUCUAGAAGUUUAAACCAGAUCUGCCUACUAUGCAUAUGACCCCAAAACAGCCUACAUAAGUGCUCCUCUAUGCUCACACUGGAGAGAAAAGCACCUUUGAAAGGGUCAGUAGUGUGGAAGGAUCUGCUUUCUUUCCUGUAGAAUUGUCAUUAAUUGUCAAUCUGUCUUUUACACCAUGAGAUUUUCCCUUUCUCUUGUUGCUUUUAAAUAGAGCAGAGCGUUUCUAGCAGCUGAGGCAGCAAUGCAUACAGCAGGCAAUGGUUUGGAAUUGAGAUCCAGCAGUGGAUAGCUGGGUGCUUCCACUCCCUGAGUCUGUGAAUGCAGCUUCUGGUGUCCAGCAAACACCAGCAGUGUGUCAUCCUUGACAUGGAGGAGCACGAGCUCAGGGUCUUUGGGGGAAAGUAAGUGAGAAGCAUUUUUGCUCAUUCAUCUCUUUCACUGACAGGUACAGACACAGAAUAAAGCUGCACGUCAUGGUUUACAUGCACAUCAUCUAAGGACAGUUGUUCCCAGGAGAACAAGGAAAAUUUUUGUUGCUGAAGCCAGGUUCUAGGCAGCUAAGAAAGAUGUACAAUCAACUCUUAAAUAAAGUUUACUUUAUAAGUAGCUCAGUUACAACCACAGUGCCUCAGAGGGAAAAAUAGCUGCAUGCCAGCCUUGGAUGGUAGUAAAAUCAACUGUCACAAGCCCAAAGACUCUAUUCCAUUUGAUUUGUAUUAAAUUUUGGCUUUGUGAACGUGUGUCUCUAGUCUAUACUGCUUGAGUCACUGAACCCAUCUCUUAAGUUCAUGCAGAAAAUCUUCCCACCAAGCUUAGAAAAUUCUGAAGGAAGAGAAGUGCUGUGAAAGAGUAUUUGGUAUCAGGUGAUCCUAGGGAGCAGUGCUUUCCUCCCUUUUAUAGUCCAGUCAGCCUGUGUGGAAAGUGAGAAUUGGGAGAGUAUGCAGAUUCCAUGGAGUGCUGAGAGCACCUGAGAGAUGGUGAAAGACAUUGGCUGUGAAAGACUAAAAACCUGAUCGUGGCUCUAAAAAAUUUAUUAUUAAGCUCUGAUGCAGGCAGUUGCAUCUGUGAGAUUUCUUUUUUUCCUUUUAAAUUCUAAAUAUUUUAAAAGAAUAUUUUAAAGAAUUAAUGUCUGGACAUAAGGAGAAACUGAACCUGGGUAACAAAUAUGAUGAAAAACACCAUAUAAGGAGAAAUGAAUUUGUCUUUUGUAAGUCAGUAGGUGAAAACUGGAAAUCAAGGUCGGCACAAGGAGCCACAGCUGUUACUUGAACCUAUAGAGCAAUCUUAGACAGUAUUUUUUUUUUAUUUCCAGGAUUUUACAUUAGACAUACAAAAGCUGUAUUCUUGUCACACUUUUUGUGUUUUCAUGCCAUUUUCUGAGAUUCAAGAGCAUUGUCUACAUGACCUUGGAACUACAGCUGUUUGCUUCCCUGGCUGAUUAUGCAGGAGAUGUCUGGGAAAUAGUUAUUUUUUUUCCUUGUCAUAUCUAAGGUAAAGCUAGAGCUGCUAAAAUACUAUAAAAUCCUUGCUCCAGAAGGCUGAAGAAGUAUUCUGGAAAGCAUUCUUACAUAAUGUUCAUGCUGUUAAUUAGGCAUUCACAAUUAGACUAAAGAUACCAGUGAGGUGGACAUUUGGUGUAACCCAAUCCAGCAGUUAUCUUCAAAGGGGUCAGAGAAAACUGUUCUAAUAUGAGAACAACUCCUGUGGUUUUCCAGAGGUCUGAAUAAUGCUGACCUGCAAAGCCAGUUCCUUUUUCUCUAUUUCAUUACUGGAGGACUUAUAUAUAUAUGUCUGUGGGAAGGCAGGUGUUCAUCAGUGUGAUACCUUGUGUCCCUGAGUGUCAGGUCGGUUCCACGAGUCAGCCAUGUGACCUUGGAUAAAACAUUUUACCUUUUUCUAUCUACUCCUUGUUUUUAUAGUCAAGGUGAUGUCUCCUGAGUUUUUGACAAAUGUGCCCAAGUUAUUUCAUUAGUGAUUGUAUCUUGAAGAGGUGUCUGAAACUACAGCAGUCUGUACUUCACUGUUAAGCUUUGCUGUAUUAUUUUGUUUGAAAGGGAAUAAGCAAUAGUAUUAGAAGUUAGGAAAUGCCAUGGCUGCCCCAUCCAUCCUUUCUCCUUUACAGAGGCCACAGUGCAGUCUUAAGGAUGUUUUUUAAACGCUGUGUUUUCCCCUUUUAGCAUUUCUUUAUUCAAGAUUUCAGUGCUGUUUAGAGUUUCAGUGAUGUCUCUUAGUACAGUGGUGUCAGGUUUGGAUCAGGGCUUUGCUCUACUAGUGACUGUAAUACCUGUUCUAUACCCCAAGGCAUUAAUGAUGUACAACAGUGAGGGAGAAGGGAAGUAUUCUGAUCUACCUGGACAUCUCUGAUCCACUGUUUUUGCUUUAUGGAAAUGUAUCUCAGUUUUGAUAAAAAGUUAAGCUCAA